CAGCCGUCUAUGCAUCGUCACUUGGAUUCCUUCGCAGCUUGCCUUGCCCUGCACACGUAUUCUUCUCCAACUGCCCCAGGCAGCAGCUUUAGCCAGCACACCUAGAGCACCGCACACGAGCAAAGAAAAGAGAUAGAUUUGGAAACUCACCUACAAGUUCUUGAGGCUCUUUAUACGAGCGCUGCUGCGCGAUAUUGUCGAAACGCUGUUCGAGAGUUUGUCCUGUGAUCUUCAACUCGCGACUUGGGAAAAAGGUCAUCAGGCUAGCAGGCUCCCCACGCCGCCAUGGACAUCCCCCGAGGCCAUGCAAUGCUCCCGCUCAACGAAGGAGACUUCCUCGACUUUGUAUACAACUACUUCAAAGCCGAGUACGCGCCGAUACGAUCGUUUUGGUCGACUGCAACCGCCGAUCCGCGGCAACCGCAGCGAUGGGUCAAUAUGGGCCAUGAACUGCAGCCGUUGAGUGUGAGACCAGCGAAUGCCCAAGCCCAAAAAGAUCUCGAGAGUUUGGAUUACUUUACGCGGAAAUGGCGGCUUGAUUCGGGCUUUGUGCGAGGUCUGGUGGUGCGGUUCGCGAAGUACGAACUGCAUGAUCGGCUUGAGAAGAAACUUUUCGAAUGCGCACGCCUCGACCUGAUGGUACGGAAGAGUUUGAAAGAGAAGCACCUCAUUGACGCGCUCUGGCCGAGUCCUGCGCCCCGGAGUGAACCGAAAGAGUUGCUUGCGCAAGGUGUGCAGGUCAGACGCUGGUAUGGCGAUAUGUUUGCCAAAUACUUCACAGCCUUGCACUCGGUUGAUGAGUUUGAGCUGCGGCCCGAGGUCGAUCAGAGGAUUAAGAGUAGUGGGACGUUGAUGCUGGUACCCUUCGUCGACCAUCUCGUUAUUGGGGCUGUUGAUCCGAUUACGCCGAUUGUCGCGAGAGGAGCCGGGUAUGCGAGUAACAAGGCUCUGGACAGCAGAGGGAAGAGUAGGAGUGAUGCGUUUGGGGAGCCGGAAAGGUUUGAGAUCAGGUUCGAUGCGCCAAGUCAGGUGGAUGAGACGUAUACGAAGAGCGUGGUGAGGCAGUGUCAAUGCUUGAAGUGUGGGACGAAGAGGGAUGUUCAGGUUGUGAUAUCUGUGGAUCCGAAUCCGAAUGGUGCAGGAACUGCGAUGGGUUCGAAGCAGUCCAUCACAGCGAACACGGUUGUUCAGAGGCGUCUGCAGGGUGCGGAUAGACAGGAACGAAGAGAGGAGCCAGCUCCGCCACAGCCACCACGACCGCAGCCGCAGAUGCAAGAUCAACAGGGACCGAGACUAACGACGCCGGAAGAGAAGAAGCAGUGCCCGCGGUGCACAUUCCUUAACCACGCCUCUCUAACCGAGUGCGAAAUGUGCGGCGCAGAUCUUCCGACUAAGACAGUCACUAAACCACAGAGCCCUGCAGCGCCCAGAAUAUCACACUCGCACUCUACCUCGCUCCCACCACCGACCACCGCACCCAAACGCCUUAAUCCAGAGGAAAGAACAAGGCCACCAAACAGACACAGUCUCAGCUCAACACUCUUUUCCAUAUUCCCCUUUUCGCAACAACACCAACAAGAACACCACGCAAAGCUGCCAGCAACACAGCAGGCUGAUGUAGCGCCGGCGGUAGCCACCAGUCAUAUUGAGCCAUCACGACCGGAACCGCAACAUGCUCCACAGCAAAAGCAGGAAGGCAAGAGGCAGAGGGAUGCGGAACCGAAGUAUCGUGGCAACUCGGCAUCUUCAUCGCCUGCUGGACCUACGGCGCCCCCGGCAGUGCAAGUAACGAAACCCGUACCGAAACCAGUUACACCCCCCACGCGCCCCGAGUCGCCCAAAACUCAUGAACUAGAGAAAGAACCAGAGCUGUCGAGACCGCCGGAGAUGGCCAUGAUGCCACUCACGCCUCCGCCCACCAUCCAGCAACAUCGUCAAGUGCCUGCCGGACUGCCGAGCCAUUUGAUGGACGACUAUGUGCCGGCCUCUCCCUCUUUCCCGGCGUCGGAUGAGGAAGAAGAUGCUGGGUGGGGAGACCUAAAGAGGAAGGAGUCAAACACGGUGAAAGAAGAAAGUAGUGAUGAUGAGGAAGAUAAGGGGGCUUUGGUAGAUUUGGAUGCGGUGGCGAGGGAGGAGAUGGGUGUUUGGGGGGAGAGGGAGGAUGAGUGAUUUGUCGCAUCAAAGGGUUGGGUUACUUUUGUGGGUUCGUUGUAUAGGCUUUGUAUGUAUGUUUUGAUACCAAGCACAG